UUAAAAAAUGCGAGUCUUGUGCGACUGUUGCGCUCCUUAAUUUCUCGAAUAUUUCGUUGUAAAAUUGUGCCUUCGUUAUCAAUUUCGGUCACAAAUCGUGUGUAAGUGUUAAUCGAAACCGGUGAAAUAGUGCUCUCUACUAAUUUUGGCAGGAAACCCAGGGAAAAGUUUCGAUUUUCGGUGACACGAUAGCAAAACAUUCCUUCGCUGCUGCUGGGUUUGAAUUUGUGCUCAUCACAUCAGUGUUUGUGUGAAAGGGUCUUCUAUACUGGAGUGGAAACUGGCUUGAUGGCCCCGGUUGGGCAUCGCACGUACACAACUGGUCCCGGAACAGGUUCAAUUUGUGUGUGGAAAAACAAGAAAAUAUAAUAUAAAGCCAAACGGACGGAUGGUUUGGCAAAGUGUCGUCGACGGGAUAUUGUUUUCCAAUUUGAACCACCACCAGCAACAGUGAAUGAAGUGCAUCAUCCUUCAAAAGGGUUUAGAGCGGAUUCUCUGUUGCACCUGAGCCUUCCUGAACUUCCAACUAGAUCCUCCAGCACCAGUUCAAGAAGGCUAUCGUCGAACUUGUUAAGGGUUGCAAUCCGCCGUGUGAGUGGCAGUUGAUGGGUUGUGCUCUAUUCUUCGCGUGCAGUUGGAAGCUGUCAGCGCAUUAUCUAAGGUUGGGCAUCAUAGGUGUUAAAUUCAAGUGUGGCUCGUAUCAAUGGCCAUCUUUCGAAAUGGUUGCGAAAUGAAGUAGAAUUGCCAAAUCUCAACGGCGAUCUUGGAAGCUCAAUACCAUCUACUCUGGGUACAGUGUGGUUCUGUGAAUUGGCUUGCCGAAAAAGGAUUGAAGUGAUUCGUGCCGGAAUGCAAGCUGGCUUAACCGAAGAAUGACUCAUGUCUUACUAAUGUGCUCAAGUGUGUCUCGAAGCGCAACCAACCAACCUCAUGGAAAUCGUGCAUAUCAAUCAGUGCUAUAUACAACUCAACGGUAGUGUCUUAGCCAGCAUAUGGUAGUAGAUUAAUAUACUACGGGGAAUUUUCCUACAUAUAGGUAGUUUACGAAACGAAGAUGCAUCUGCUGAUAGUAUAGCAUCGACAGAGCUUUGCUCAAGAAGAAAAAUUUAGCUCGUUGGCGCAAAACGUUAAUGAAAGUAUCAAACGACGACGAUUCAAGCGACAGGUGGAUGGAUGUAUGCUGUGGUGAGAAGCAGAGAGAAAAAAAGUCACAGAAAUAAAUAAAACGGUCGAAGAACCUGUGUUGCUCCAGAAAGUCAAGUGCCACGACAAAACAGGUCCAAGAAAGUGCCCUCGAUUACUAGUAUUAGUAAGAUGUGAUGCCAGUAGUGUAAACAGAGAAAGAAAGGCAAACAAAAAUGGUAAAAAGUUGAUCAAAAAUUCACACAUAAAGAAGUGAUAGUCGUCGUCCCGACUAACUAGCUAAAAAUAUUCGCCCAUGAAGGUGCAUUUAAAUGUUUAGAUUCGCGUGAAACGAGAAACCACAAAAGUGUGUUAGUGUUUGUGGUGGUAAAGCCAUUCAUUUAAAAAAGUGCGAUUAUACCAGUCUCUGUGUUUACGGUCGAAGAGAAACAUCUGUGUCAUCGAAAGGAGGGAGGUUCAUUUUUAGACAUCGCGACUACUCAUUCGACCGAAAAUACGGGAAGAAGUUCAGUAACCAGCUCCAAACAGGUUGAUAAAAAUGUGUUGGGUAACACCUUGCCAAUAGUACGUUCGAUCGGAAAGUGAAAUUAAGUUUAUCGAAAUGAAUGAGUCAGAGAUGAGCGCUGGUCCAAGUGGGAUUAAUUCGGACCCCACCAAUGACCUGUCCAAAUCUGGUGGGCAUAAUUCUGGCGCCAUGAAUGGUGGCAACCCAGAAGAAAUUAACUCAGCUGAUAAUGGUCUAGAUGACCAUUCGAGGGGUCCUUCGAACCCCGUGAUGAUGAACAACACCAACCACCAUCAUCCUCAACACCAUCAUCACCACCAGCACAAUCACCACCAUCAUAACCAUCAUCAGCAGCACCAACAACAACAGCAGCAGCAGCAGCAGUAUCACCACCAGCAGCAACUUCAUCACCAACAAACGAUGGGUAACGGUAUGAUCGGGGGUGGUGGUGGUGGCGGGGGUGGACAUCCUCCUCCGCAAGGACCCCCGAUGCCACCGAUGCACGGUGGAAAUGGGAAUGGUGGUUAUUAUGCCGAUCAAAAGUCGGACAUCUCGUCGACCAUUCACAACGGCGAGGAAGACGAUGGGCUUGGUCCUUUGCCGCCGAAAUGGGAGAAAGCCUACACCGAAAGUGGCGAGGCGUACUUCAUCGACCACAACACCGCGACAUCACACUGGCUGGAUCCUCGGUUGUCUAAGUUCCAGAAAAAGUCCCUGGAAGAUUGUCAGGACGAUGAACUGCCGUACGGUUGGGAGAAAAUAUGCGAUCCCCUGUACGGAACGUACUACAUCGAUCACGUCAAUCGUAAGACCCAAUACGAGAAUCCCGUUUUGCAAGCUAAGCGGAUGACCGAGAGGCACAACGCUGGUUCCGCUUCCGGGGGAAAUGGUCCUGGUGCCGAACCAGGGAGUGAUACCGGAGUAGAUGGGAAGGUUAAUCAUUUUACCAAGAAUCCCGGUCAGCUGAGGGGCGAUCGGCUGAUGACGACGUUGGUCAAAUCAACGCGAGGGUUGGGCUUUACCAUUGUCGGUGGGGAUGACAAUGUGGAGGAGUUUCUGCAAAUUAAAUCGAUCGUUCCGAAUGGGCCGGCUUGGAUUGAUGGGAAACUGAAGACGGGAGAUGUGCUAGUUUAUGUGAAUGAGAUUUGUGUGUUGGGAUUCACGCAUCAUGAGAUGGUGAAUAUUUUUCAGUCUAUUUUACCCGGAGAAGAAGUGCAUCUGGAUGUUUGUCGAGGCUACCCUCUUCCUUUCGAUCCCAAUGAUCCAAACACGGAAGUAGUGACAACGAUAGCUGUUGACGGAAUGAGUAAUCGUGCUAUGACAACUUCAGAUUUGAAGUUUUUGGAAACCGGGGGCUUUAUGGAUGCGGGGGAUGUGCAACAUAAGAAUCCUUUGGCCAAGAUACAAACGGGGGGAGCCACGGCUAACGGUGGAGAUGUGUAUUUUAGUGAUACCCAUUCGUACCAACAACAUUACAAAGGUAUGAAAGAAAAUAAUUUCGAGAUUCCGGAGAUUUUACAUAUCAAUAUAGUAAAAAGUGAUACCGGGUUCGGGUUUACAAUUACGGAUAGUUCGUAUGGACAGAAGGUUAAGAAAAUAUUGGAUCGGCAGUGUUGUAAAAACCUUCAGGAAGGUGAUGUUCUUCUGAGUAUUAAUUCGAUCCCCGUGAAGGAUAUGAGUCACAAUGAAGUGGUUCAAGUGUUAAAGGACUGUCCGAAGAACAUUGAAACCACCUUGAAGGUACAACGGGGUCCACCAGCUAUGUUGGUGGGCAGCAGUAAAAUGACGAACAAGCUACGUAAGGGUAUAGAAUUGGCCAAAUUUGGCGGUGGAUUGCUCAAGAAAGAUGGUUACGGAAUCGGUGGAAACAGUUUAUUCCGGAGUAAAACUCCUACGGCAGAUCUCUACAGUACACAGGCCAAGGAAAUCCUUCCGACUAGGCCGAAAACACCCUUGGUUGACACGAGGGGAAGAGCAAAGACUCCUUCGAUGCCAUUAUCCGAUUUGAACACAGAUGAAAUCGAAUUGGAUGUCAACAAAAACACGGGAGACCAGAAGAUAGAUUUGAACCUGAAUCUCAAAUCUAACAGCAGUUCCCAUGAUAACGAUUCGAUAGCCAAUGAUAUUGGUUCCUAUCACAAUGAUGAUCAAUAUCAUCCUGGAAAACACUCGAAUCUAGCAGAUCGUUUAGGAGAGCUGACAAUCAGUAGUUCCAACAAUAGUACAAGUGAUACCAUCUACCAUAACCAUCACCCUCAAUACGGUCCUGGAGCUCAUAUGCAGCACCAACAAAAUUAUAACCACAGCGGCUAUAAUCACCCUCCCUUAGUUCCUCCACCUCCAGUUCCACCACUGUCGAAUAACCACAUGGGUUAUGGACAGAAUCAGGGACCUCUGCAGCCAACGUAUCAUCACGAAAAUUGUUUCUGCUACGAUUGCCAAGACUAUCAGAGGCAACAGCAGCAGCAGCAGCAUCAACAACAACAACAGCAGCAGCAACAAAUGUACCCUCAACAAACCCUCAAUCGGUCUUACUCCAACAAUCCUGGGCACAUGCAACAGCAACCCUUGUACCAGUUGCCACCUCAAAUGAGCGACAACAUCGGUAAACGUCUCAACGAAUAUCUGAUGGAUCGAAAGCGUUCCCUUCAACAGCAACAGCAACAUCCCCAAUAUGACAACGUCUACCAUCACAAGGCUCCGGUGCCACUUCCGCCGCAACAUCAGCCAGCCUUCGAUCAACCAUACUACAGCAGUUCCCAACCGGGACCGGGUAGUUGGCGAUCGGUCAGUACGGUUCCGCCGGGAAGUCAGCAUUCACCCCAACUGUACGGUGGCGGUGGAGAACGGAAUCAACAGAACCUUGGCAACUAUCCGGCCCCGGUUCCCAUGGAAGAGUACACUCUGACCGAGGUGACGCUGGAACGGCAAGCACUCGGGUUCGGGUUCCGGAUAGUGGGGGGUACCGAGGAGGGGUCGCAGGUUACUGUGGGUCACAUCGUACCUGGUGGGGCUGCUGACAAAGAUUCGCGGAUCGCCUCCGGUGACGAGAUCCUCAACAUCAACGGGAUGAAUGUGGAAAAUGCCUCCCACCACCGGGUAGUCCAGCUGAUGGGCGAAGCGGGUCUUCGCGGUCAGGUCACCAUGAUCUUGCGGCGACGGAAACCACUGGGCAAGGCAGCGCCACCUCCCCCGAAUCCUCGCUAUCCGUACAACGUGCUGGUCUCGCGGAGCGAUAACGAAGGGUUCGGAUUUGUCAUCAUCUCGUCGGCUGGGCAGUUUCACGGGUCCACCAUUGGGGAUCUGAUUCCGGGCAGCCCAGCCGAGCGGUGCGGAGAGCUGAAGAUUGGCGAUCGGAUAGUGGCCGUCAAUUCGCUCGAUAUCACCGGCAUGAAUCACGGCGAUGUGGUCAAUUUGAUUAAGGAAUCGGGGCUGCAGGUGCAGCUGACGAUAGGCUGUCCCCGGCCGGAUGGUCUUGUGGCCCCGUUGAUCCAGACGGCAGUUGCAGCCGCUUCCGGUGGGUUACUAGGGCAUCCGCACCUGAUGACCUCGGCCUCGGCGUCCAGUGUCAAUGGAAGUGAAAUGUACGUGAGUGGUAGCGUGGGUAGCAAUGGAGGGGGAAGUAAUGCGCCACCACCGUUGGUCAAUCGGUACCCAACGAUAAUUUCCUGAUUGAAAACCUCCACCAAGGUAGUUUUCCGACGUCCGUCGUCGAUGUCGAUCGAUGAAGAGGUGGACUCUUAAAGAUGGAAGAUAAGAAGCGUAGGGAAGGGGAAACGUGACUGGAACCAAAGUAUUUUUUGUUUAUGUAAUUACUAUUAAGACCAAUGUUAUCGGCGAAGUGUGAAUGGAAAGAAUUAUUGUGUUCUUCCGGUGACUCGUCGUGGAACAAAAACAGAAGCGCGGGACAACGGCAAACCGAACAACAAGCUCAUUUGUAUAAUAGCAUCGUGUGAAUAAGAGUGUAUAGAGCUGUUAUAGAAUAUGUUUUAAUUAAAAGGAGAUGAAUGUGAUAGAGGAGCAAUAACAAAAAAAAUAGCUGCUAUCGUUUUGACUGGGCGAGAAAUAAGUCUUAAGUUUUGUACAUGUUAUAUGGCCAGAGCAUUUGCUGAAAAAAUUUCCCUAGCCUAGCGCCAUUCAAGAGGAAAACAAGAAACCAAGGCACAGUAAUCAUUACACUGCCCGGGGUUAGUGUAAUACCACCAUAUCCGUGAUUCGUACCGUAGAUUGGCAAGAAAUGGCCGUGGUACUGUUCUUUAAUUUGAUGCGGUACUCUUAUACUUGUGGUGGCACGGUCUACACAUGUACUUAAGAUGAUAAUAACGCAGAACAAUGGCCCGUUGAGGUGCGUUCCCAUGAUCGUUGUGCUGCAGAUCUUACACAUGUUACCUAUUACAGUUUUGUUAUGCACUUUUUCGAGGUGCAAUUUCAAGACUUUUGUCAUCUCGCUUAUCAAAUUUGAGGCGAAAGAAUGAUACAGCUUCUAUCGAACCCUCAAACCUAAAUGAAAGUUAUGUCAAGAAAGGUUGAAAAUAGGAUGUUUUAAUUUUUGUGUAAUUUCGUGUUAUUGAAUUAUUUGGAAAAACGACAUAUGAGGCGAAUGAUUACCAAUUUUUUAAAAAGCGUAGUACGUAAGUCUGGCUUAUAUAUUCCCUUGAAAAAAAUGUGAAAAAUAUAUUGUUAGUUAUUCUUAAAGUAGUUUGCUUUUUGUAUAUGAAAAAAAUGUUUUGUUUAUAUUCCCAGUCUUAAAUAAACAAAGAAAUUGUUUGGGUGAUUCAUAUCAUACAUAGGUAUGUCACAGUUUUUUUUUUUCAUUCGAACACAAUGGUUUUAUUAUAUUGAAUAACAGGUAUACGUGGGAAAAUAAAUAUGACGGAUGAAAAUAACGCAAAAUACAAUCCAUUUGUGCUUGAAGCACAAAGCAGAAAAUAAAACAAAAAGACCCAAACACCUUUGUCGCAAGUAAUGAAAGUAUGGACUUACCUCCUAGCUGAUGUUUUUUUCGUAAAGCUACUCACCACAACAAAGUGUUAAUGCUAAACUUUCAAUAUUUAGGCUUUGAAUGUAAAUCGAAGAACAGAACACGGUAUUAAGCUAGCCUUGGAACGUGUAAUGUGUAAAAUAAGCCCAAAAAACAAGAAACCUAAAAUGCCAUUUGAUAAAAAUAACACACAAAAGUCAGAAUUGUGUUGUUUGAACAUGCAGUCGGAAAUAUUAAAAUUUAAAAAAACUGUGUCUUCACAUUUCGAAAUGCCUUUCUCGAAAAUAGUUGUUAAUAGAUGUUAAAUUAUCAAACACCCAUGCCCAAAGGACUGAAUUUUUUUAAACAAGUAGGAUCCAGUAAAUCGGUAUAUUAUAAAAUAAAUACUAGUACCAUUAUAAACUUUAUAAUGAAUUGAGAUGAAUUUUAACACUAAUCUUAAAAAAAAACUCAAUCUCUUUCAACAUCAACAUUCAUCUUGCCUUACUGUAAAGCAUAUUUCAAAAAAAAAAAUCUCAAAAAAUAUUGAAAACCACAUCUACCUUCUAGCGAAGAACUAAGAAAUUCCUUAAACACAAACGAUAUCUUUGAAAUACUUUCUCGCCAACCUACCCCAAACAACGAAACCCGAUAAUCAAUAAUUGUAUCAAAUUUCGCUUAGUCAACAACAAAAAACUGGAUCCCGAAAAAAGUGCCUCCUUACCCC